AUGCCACCUAAGGCUAGUGGCAAAGCUGCGAAAAAGGCUGGAAAAGCCCAAAAAAAUAUUUCCAAGGGAGACAAGAAGAAGAAGCGUAAGAGGAAGGAAAGUUACGCCAUCUACAUAUACAAAGUCCUGAAGCAGGUCCAUCCUGAUACUGGAAUAUCGAGCAAAGCCAUGAGCAUCAUGAACAGUUUUGUCAAUGACAUCUUUGAACGUAUCGCUGCGGAGGCGUCCCGUCUUGCUCAUUACAACAAACGCUCCACUAUAACGUCUCGGGAAAUUCAAACUGCUGUUCGACUUUUGUUACCUGGUGAACUUGCCAAGCACGCUGUCAGUGAAGGAACCAAAGCAGUGACCAAAUACACCAGCUCCAAGUGAGCAUCUGCUCCUGAAUACUCAUCGGCCCUUUUAAGGGCCACCACUUAUUUCAACCAUAAAACGAAAUCGCCACUCGCUAGAAACAAUUUCCCACAAUCCCAUAAUU